AUGGCUGGCGCAAUGGCAACUAUCUUUCGGCAUUCAGAGUUUGGCCAAGUAUUUAAACCGCGACGCGCGCACAGAAAAUCGAGGACCGGCUGUCUCAAUUGCAAGCGUCGAAGAAUCAAAUGUGAUGAAGCGAAACCACAAUGUAGGCGGUGCCGAAUGCAUGGUGCCGUCUGUGAUUUUGCACUUCCACGCAAUGUAGCCAAAAAGAGACUGCCAAUGGCUCCAUCUACGUGUAGCACUUCGCUUCAUUGCAAUGGUUCGCUGGCAUUCGAGGCAAUGAUCGCUAAUGUCGAUCGUGUCCUACAUUCCGACUUGAGUGACGAGAGAUUCUAUAUGUACGGCCCAUGUCACUCUCUUGGGUCAUUUGGCUUAGCCAUGCUGGCGCAUUUCUCUGAGAUGGUAUCAGUGCAUUCGCUUGCCUUUUCGUCUAUCAAGAAGGUCCUGCGAGAUUGUAUUAUCGAAGUGGCUUUGGGGGAACCAUGCCUUUUGUAUUCUAUAAUGGCAGUGGCGAGCACUCAUUGGGCCUAUACUCUUCCCUCAGACUCGAGGUGUACGAUGGUAGCCGCACGUUUUCGACACAUGGCCACCCGACUGUAUCGACAACAUCUUGAAUUUCCCAUCAGCCGAGAUAAUAUGGACAUGCUAAUUACAAGCUGCAUGUUGGUCGGGAUGUUCUCCUUCUCCGCCGAGACCACGACCCCGCUCGACUCUUGGGUUUUCUCAGACGAUCCGGCCAACAUGAAUUGGCUCUCCGUUCAAGGUGGUCUACGCUGUCUCUUAGAGAUCACCAAGCCAUGGAUGAAUGAGAGCAUCUGGAAUGAACCCUUUCAAGAAUCGAGCAACUACGAAUAUGCUGAUGAUCAUCGAAUGGGUCGGGAAAAUCUCGAUCCCGAUCUGGCCGACUUAUGCGAUAUUACUGAUACCACGACGGAAGAGACAAAUCCCUUCCAUUGGCCCCUUCGUAUGCUGUGCCCAUUACUGCGCAUCCCGCGGCAUAAGUGCGGGGCGCCUCGCAUAACAAACUUUAUGGGUCGACUGUUACCGGAUUUCGUGAAUCUGCUCGCUGCGAAAGAUCCUCGUGCUCUGCUAAUCUUGUCAUACUGGUUAGCGCUAAUGUGCACUUCGGUUGACGAGUGCUAA